UCAAUAUAGCUUCCCCUUCUCCUCUUCUCCAUCUGACAGACAAAGGCAUCGAGCAGAUCGAGCAAUUCCUCUGUUUCUUUCCCCAUCUUCUCGUUCUUCUUCCUCUCGAGCAAUUCCUCUGUUUCUUCCUCUCGGGCGAUAUGUCGACCUCCUCGUUAGCCCCUCGUUCCACGUGGCCGGUGUAUGGUCCAGUGCCGAUGACUCGAUGCACUGACUGCCCACGGACUGCGCCACUGAAGCGGUUGACUUCGAAGGAGGAGAAGAAUGGAAACUUUGGGCGCGAGUUCGUCAAAUGCGAGAGCAAGCCGGAGGGGCAGAUCGUGAAGAAAUGCCACCAUUUCGAGUGGAUGGAUGAUUACAUCCAGAGGCUUCAAGGGUUGGGCUUGCUGGAUUCGAGGGGGAAUGAAAUCCGCGAGUUCAAUCUGCCCCAUGACAGUGCCGCUCCGGCAACAACAACACGUCCGGAAUACCCGACGGUGGUAGAUGUCGAACUGAAGACGGAAUUGAAGAAGAUGAACAAGAACUUCAAGCAGCUGAUUGAGUUGAAGAAGCAAUCCAAUCUGAUAGCUUUAGGACUACUUGCUCUAGGAAUUUUUUACUUGAUGGCCAUCUCUCGUUAGAGAUGUUUGUCUACUGUUGUUGCCACUGUUUAGCAAUCCAAGUCUGUUUAUCUCAAAUGCAACUCUGUUUAGUGCAACUGUCGAUCUCUGAAUGUAUGCAGUUUACUAUUAAGUUUCGACACUUUCAGUUUCGGCAGAAGACAACUACCAGUUCAGUGAUAGGAUUAUUUUGUUAGCUAAUAACCUCGAGUGUUGGAUCAUACCCUAGCUCGUCAAAUGACAGUAAGCAGUACUUGAGCAGCACAAGGGAUAUACAUCAAGUUCAUCUCUUCUCUCUCGCACUUGCCAAACUUUUGUCCUUGAGUUCGUCAGUUCUGCUAGAAAAAAAACCUAGUUCACGGGCCCAAAGAGAAUCAAGCUGCAAUAGGCCCACAAAGGAUAAAUGAGGCCCAGAAACAAGUGAUGUUUCUUUUUUUGUUUAGGAACGAUUGCUUUGUUC